UUUGACGUUUUCUAACACUGCUUAAAAUGCCGGCGAAAACUCCGAAAUUAUGCGAAAUAAAGACAAAUAUUGAAGAAUCUGCUGGCGAUAUACGGGAUUUGGCAAUUGUUAGAGAUGCCCCACCAAGCGGAGUUGAUGCGGGGCAGGUUGAGGCGCCCCACGAAACCACAACAGCACAGCUAGACGAAAUCGACUCUAAAACGGCUGCAAAGAUUGCCGGCAUCCAACGACGCAGAAAACGCCGCCGUUGGAAAUUCAGACAAAGGAACAAAGAACAGCAAGCAGCCGACGUCGUUGUGAAACAAGAACCCGUACCAAAUCCCCCCGACCAGCCCCGUCCUGCUCCAAGAGGAAAGCAAGCGGAGGACAUCGACUUGAAAAGGCGUCAUGACGCCGCCAGCAUGUUGGAAAGGUUGGACCUUCUGGAGAAGUUAUGCGAGGCUCGUGGCGGAGAUAAGGCCAAACUUACCGAGAAGCUGGCGCCUAUGCGCACGGCGUGGAGCCGGGUGCAACAGGCGACUAAGACUGGCAGAAUCACCGAGUCCAAGUCGACAGCUAUAGAACGCCACUGGGACGUUGUGUUCUUUGGCUCACCCUCAUCUAGUCAGAGGCGGCGACGAGGAUUUAAGGCCGAGUUUCUCAAGCGGCGUUCCAUAUGGGAUUCUUAUAUAACGCAAGGAAAAGGAGGCUCCUGCAUACCGCGCGGAUGGGUGCUACCAACAGAGAACCCCACCAGUGAGUGGGUAGAGUACAGAACUGAAUAAAAUAGAGUACUGUUAUAA